UAGCAGUCUUUUUGGGUUUGUUAUUUUUCACAGCAAAAACCAUUCUCUUCAAUUACCCUCUCAGCUCAUCCACUUGGAAAACAUGGUGAUGGAUGUUGUUGGAGAGGCAGUUCUCUCAACUUUUUUGGAGACUUUGUUAGACAGGUUGCUCUCUGUAGAGUUCGUAAACUUUGUACGAGGAGGGGAACUCAACGAUUCACUGGAAAAGUUGAAGUUGACAUUAUCAACUGUGGGUUCAGUUGUUAACGAUGCUGAGGAAAAGCAGUUUGAGAAACCCAACAUUGAAGCUUGGCUAAAACUGCUCAAAAAUGCAGUCUAUGAUGCAGAGGACGUUUUGGAUGAGAUUGCAAUCAAAGCUCUGGAGCAGCGGUUGAAACCUGAGCCUCAAUUCAACCGAAAGGUAUGGGAUAUCUUCUCCAAAUAUCGUAAGAUGAUUUCUGACACUCUUCGAAACUUUAAGGAAGGGACAGAGACCAAAAUUAUGAAAAUUAUCGAUUCAUUAGAAUACCUUGUGAAACAAAAAGAUGCUCUUGGUUUGAGAGAUGCUGCUCAACAGAGCUCUUCACGGGUUAGAAAAAGACCAGAGACGACUUCCUUGGUAAAUGAAGUUUUUAUUUACGGUAGAGAUAAUGAUAGAGAGAAGAUCAUUCAGUUGUUAUUGUCAGAUGCAGCAGAUAGUGUUAACCGGGUCUCUGUGAUACCCAUCGUUGGUAUGGCUGGUGUUGGCAAGACGACUCUAGCUCAAGUUAUAUACAAUGAUAAAAAAGUGAAGGAUUAUUUUGACCUGAAAACUUGGGUUUAUGUCUCUGAUCAAUUUGAUAUGAAACAGAUAACUAGAACAAUAAUUGCGUCACUCUGCCAGGAAACUCCCACAUCCAAUGACUUAAACAACCUUCAAGUAAAUUUGCAGGAAAAAUUGAUAGGCAAAAGGUUUUUACUUGUUCUAGAUGAUGUAUGGAAUGAAGAUUACAGUCAAUGGGUUAGUUUAAGGAAACCUUUAAGGGCUGGAGCAGAAGGUUCUAAGAUUUUAAUAACAACCAGAAAUACAGGCGUCUCAUCUAUCAUGCGCACUGUCCCAGAUCACAAUCUUGGGCUGUUAUCUGAUGAAGAUUGUUGGGAGUUGUUUAAGCAACAUGCCUUUGACGUUUGCGCUAGUGUAAGUCCCAAAAUGGAAACCAUUGGUAGGGCAAUUGUGAAGAAGUGCAAAGGCUUGCCCCUUGCUGCAUCAACAGUUGGAGGUCUUGUACGCUGUAAGCAUAAUGUUGAUGAAUGGUGUGAACUUUUAAAUAGCAGAGUGUGGUAUUUGUCAGAUGAUAGUGGUAUUCUUCCAGCUUUAAAAUUGAGCUAUCAUUAUCUCCCUAUUAAUCUAAAGAGAUGCUUCGCUUAUUGCUCAAUCUUCCCCAAAGACUAUGAAUUUAGGGAUGAGGAGCUUAUCCUUUUGUGGAUGGCAGAAGGCUUUGUGCCACAGCUAAAAGGAAUAAGGAUGGAGGACUUAGCUAGGAAGUACUUCCAUGACUUGCUUUCAAGGUCAUUUUUUCAACAAAGGAGUCCUGACAAAUCAGUAUACGUGAUGCAUGGUCUUGUACAUGAUCUAGCAAAAGCUGUUUCUGAAGGAAUAUGUUUUAGGUUGGAGGAUAUCUUGGAAGGUGGUAACCAAUACAAGAUUCCUAAAACUGGUCGUCACUUGUCAUACAUUCGUGAUUACUAUGAACCUUUUUCAAAGUUUGAGGUCUUUGAUGAUGGUGAGAUUUCAUUGAGGACUUUACUAGCAUUGGGCUGUGGAAGAAAGUUUAGCCACUUACCUGGAAAGAUCCUACUUGAACUGCUGCCAAAACUCAAGCAUUUAAGGGUGUUAUCUCUGAACAGUUACCAAAUUACUGAUUUACCAGAGUCCAUUGGAAAUUUAAAACACCUGCGGUAUUUGGACAUAUCUUACACUUCAGUGAGAAGGUUACCUGAAUCAACAAGUACCCUUUAUAACUUGCAAUCACUGCUAUUGGUUGGUUGUCAUUCUCUAAUUGAACUGUCCUUUGACAUUGGAAACUUAAUUAAUUUAAAACAUCUUGAUAUGAGUCAAAGCAGCUUGACGAAGAUGCCACUUGGAAUUGGAAAAUUGGUAAGCCUCCAAAGGUUGUCUAGCUUUAUUGUGGGAAAGCAUGCUGAAACUGGGAUAAGGGAGUUGAGGAAUUUGGUGCACCUCCAAGGUAGGCUUUCCAUUGCAGGGUUGCAAAAUGUGCUUGAUGUUAGAGAUGUUAUUGAAGCCAAUUUCGAGAAUAAGCAGUUUCUCAGUGCCUUGGAGUUAGAAUGGAGUAAGGAAAUCCAUGUUUUGCAACAUGAAGAGUCUGCAGAAGAUCUGCUAGGUAUAAUACUGUCAAUGACAAAACUGAAAGAACUGACCAUCUGUUACUACCACGGAAAAAGGCUUCCAGCUCCAAGAUACAAUUGUCUGGAGACUCUAAUUUUAAGCAACAUGCUGAGAUUGUUGGAGUGGCCAUCCCUUGGAGUUGAAAAGGAUGAGUUUUCUUCUCUUCGUCACCUUGAAAUUCGAGCUUGUCCUAAGUUAAGGAGAAUCUGUCAUCGUUUUGCUGCAUUAGAGAAAUUGAUUAUUGAAUCUUGUGAAGAGCUAGUUGAACUUCAGAAGCUUACACCAACAGGAAAAUCAGAAAAGGAAAUCUCUUUUCCCAGACUUCUUGAACUUUCCAUUGAUCACUGUCCCAAGUUGCUAAAAUUGCCCACCUGCCUUCUUUCCUUGAAGGAACUCAGAAUAAUUGGUUGCAAGGAAUUAAACAUGCUGUUUACAGAGGAAGGAGGAGAGGUUCCACACCUCCGCAAGCUUUCCAUACAUGAGUGCCCCAAGUUGAGCAAAUUGACCCCUCUCCUUCCCUCCUUGGUGCAGCUUCAUCUGCGUGGAUGUUUACGGUUGCUUGCACUUCCAAGUUCUCCAGUACUUUGCAAAUUAAGAUUGGAAGAGUGUGAUGAGAUGCUGCUAAGAAAUGCCAUUGGUCUCCGUUCACUUACCUCUCUCUACAUUUGCAAAAUUCAGAGGCUCAGCUGCUUAUCAGAAUGUUUACUCAAACAGUUAACAACACUCAAAGAAUUAGAGAUACGUGCUUGUGAUAUGCUCAAGACGUUAUUCAUGGAUGAUGCUGGUUUGCAACAUCUUGUUUCUUUACAAAAGUUACUGAUUUUCAACUGUCCAAAACUGGAGGAGUUGCCACUCAAAAUGCACAAACUCACAGCUCUCAACAAGUUAGAGAUUUGGGCAUGCCCGCUCCUUCAAUCCUCAGCAGAAAUGAAGUUCCCAUCCAAGCUUCGAGAUCUCUGGAUUAGCAGUGAAGUAGAGUCCCUGCCCAUAGGGAUGUUUCAGAAUAUGUCUCUUGAAAGAUUAAGCGUUUGGAAUUCUAAUUCUCUCACAUCGUUUCCUAGAUGCAAGUUGCCUGGCAGACUAAGAACCCUUUCCCUCAGUACAUGCUCAAAACUGGAUUGCUUACCUGAGGAAAUGAUGCAGUGCAACAAUUCUCUUGAAUCUUUGUUGAUUGAGUCAUGUGAAUCCCUCUGUUCUCUUGGAUUAAGAGCAUUCACAGCAACCACCGCCACAAAGCUUAGAGAACUGAAAAUUAUUGGUUGUGUGAAUUUGAAGAAUUUCCCCGAGGACAUUCACAAUCUCACAUCACUGUGCUUAUUGACUGUCAUAUCUUGUCCCCGCCUUGUGUCAUUCCCAGAUGGGGGGUUCCCAACCACUAACCUGAGAAAAAUUCAUAUAAGCAAAUGCUAUGAACUGAAGUCUCUAUCGGUUCAUAAUGUUACAUCACUUCAAGACUUGACAGUAAGAAAAUGCCCUAAUCUUAAGUCCUUCCCUGAAGGUGCACUGCCCACUAAACUGGAGCGUCUUGUGGUUGAUAGUUGUGGAUAUCUCAAGCCUAUGUCAGAAUGGGGUUUUGACAGACUUAACGCUCUUAAGAAUCUUGGGAUCAUUGGUGGAUAUGCUGGUCAGGUGUCAUUUCCAGAAAGGAUGCUUCCUUCUUCUCUUACUGCUCUUUCUAUUAAAUACUUGCCAAAGCUCAAGGUUGUGGGACGGGCUCUCCAGCAUCUUAACUCCCUUAAAUAUCUGAGAAUUGUAAGAUGCCAUGGACUCUUAGCCUUACCAGAAGAGAGUUUGCCAGUCAAUCUUUGUUUCCUUCAAAUAGUGGACUGCCCUCGAGUGAAGGAGCAAUAUGAAAUGAAGAAGAAGAUAGGCUUGCAUCAAUACUCACUGGUAUCCUGUUUAAGCUGGGAUGACAAUUCUUGACAGUAGUUUGAACAAGCUACAUUUUGAUCCUUCUAUUCUCUUUUGUUAUCAGCAGACAUAGCAGUCAGCAGGUGGUUUCUUGACAAAUGGAAGUGUUAAUGAGACAACCAAUUCGACUCUUUUGAGCAUCUUAUGAUCUCAAAAGACAACAUGCUUCUAUCUAGAUUGACUUUGAGUCGGCGUUUUGUUUCUACAGCCGGUGCUCUUUGCCAGAAGUUGUUCAAGUGGCCAUAAUUCUUUUUCCUCUGUUUUUGGCUUCAUGGGAUCUAACUGCUUGCUGUCAAAUGGUAUAUUGCCAAAACCUGACUAUACUUUGUAGGGUAUUCAUUGAACUAAUGUCAUAUUCAGCUGUAA